CCUGCUGCGCGUAGUUUCCGCCGUGGCUGUGACCUUUGGCGGUUGCAGGCGUUAGAGGUUGCCGCUGGUCACCUGAUCCUUGCGCUCACACAGCAGGCGCGCUAUUGGCGGUGUGUAGGUGGCCGCUACGUGCGUCUGGCCGCAUCCUUUGUGUUGCAGCAGGUUAUCCUGGGGCACGUACGCCUCUGUGGGCUGUGCACCUAUACUGUGUCCCUGGUGUGUUAUCUGAGUGUUUGCUCACCCUAGUCUCCUUCCUGCAGAUAUGUGACGCCGCCAGACCAGAUAACCUGCUUGUGGGAAACCCUACAGAUCAGUCUUGCUCACUUUAAUACUAGGCCAGAAGAGAAGCUACAAAAUGGCAGGCAGGAACAGUUCUUGUGUGGAAUCUGAAUAUUUUUCAAUGGGAGAUGACAAGCAAAAGCAGGCCUCACUUUCUGUUGGAGAAAUCAGGAAGAAAGAGCAGAAAGAUGCGGAGCUGGAUAAAAAGAUUCAAGCGUUAAGAAAAAAAAAUGAAGCUAUUUUGCGAAGGCACCAGGAAAUAGAAGAAGAUCGGCGAAAUGCUGAGAAAGAGAUCAUUGCAGUCACGUCUCAGAGACCUAAGCAAGACAUACUCACUAUUACAAUUACAAAGUCUCCUAACGAGAAAAGAAUUGUAAGUAAGAGUCGCAGAGUCUGUGACGGUGAAAAUGAGCAGAAGUCAACUAUGGUAAAGGAAAAAGAAAUGCUGAAGGCUGAUUCAAUGAAUAUUAAAAUAGAGGACAAGAAGUUGGCCAGUAAGCCUGAACAAGAAAGUGUUUCACUGAGAAGUAAAGUGUCAAAUACACCUAUGAAAGACAUUGAUACCCUGUUUACCUUUGGUCGAGGGUGGCGUAGGCAGAUUUUAAUUGACAUGGAGAAGGAGAAGAGGAUAGUCCGUAAAGUGACUGACCCAGAAUGCUCAUCGCUAAGGGAGAAAGUGGCAAGUAUGUCUAUGGAGGACAUUGAUGACCUGUAUACCUUUGGUCGAGGGCGGCGUAGGCAGAUUUUAGUUGAAAUGGAGAAAGAAGCUGCCAAGAGGAAGGUAGAAAGGAAGCUGGUGAAAGUGGAUCCAGAGAAAAGCUCUACCAUAGAGCAAAACAAGAAGGUGAGCAGCUCAGAGGAACAAAUGAUAAAUCUACCAUCAGAGCAAAUGGUUUACCUACAGUGGAAAAAGGAGCGUGAUCUAAUUGAUCUUGAACGCCUAGCGCGGCAUAAGAAUUCAAACGGGGAAUGGCGACGUCCCUGGGAUUUUGAGAAGACUGAGGAUAUGUUUGAAGACAGUGAUGAUACAGUCCCAAGUAGAUCCUGCAGCAGGAGAGGUUCUGGAAAACAGAUCCGCAAUGAAAACACACAAAAAGUGAUGCAGACCAUAAGCAGCAAAGCAAAGGGAAGGGAUCGUCUCACAGGCAGAGCCCAAAGAUGGAAUAGCGUGGAAGAUGGUGAUUUUCAUUUAUCAGUGGACUUUCCCAUGCUGGAAGGAUUAGAUUACAGAGAGACCACUAGACAUUCACAAGGAAGUUCAAACUUUUUGAAAACCGAAGACCCAAAAUGCUCAGUGCAGAUUAGAUCCUUGGAAAAUGAAGACAAAUUUGGACUGUUGGAACCUGAGAGAGUUUUGCUGAAAAAUAAACAGGAUGUUCCAUUUUAUGAGAAAGAAAUGGAAGAAGCAUGCAAUGUUCUACCCUCAGCGGACACAGAGAUAGUAGAAUAUCUAUCUGUGCUACACUAUGACAGAGAGCCAGGUGACAAUACAAGCUGAUCCACUAUUGCUUGUCAGACUAGCCCUUGCACGAUCUUAGUGACGAAGGUGUGACUUGCUGCUAAAGAAGUGUCACAAAAAAUAUAUUAAUGAAAAUUUCUGCAGUAGGGUACAUUGGUUUCCACAGGGAACCAUCUGGGUGUAGAGUGGAUCUUGAUCCAGACGCACCAACAGGCUAAAGCUUUAGGGUGUCCUAGGAUGCAUUGGGACCUCCUCUAUAACCCACCUCCAGGCACUGAGAGCUCAGUUUCGAGUUGGUACCUGCAACAGCAAGUCACUUAACAGGGGGCCUGCAAUGGGCAGCCCUGAAAAAGCUUCUAGAAGAAUUUCCUAUUUCGGCUGGGCUGUUAGCGCUGUAUGUCAGGGUGACACUUCAGCGCCGCGGCUCCAUCACCUCCCAAGUGGCAUCGUGUACUCCCGUGGCUCAGUUCCCGGGUACUUGCGGCGGAGAUGUCCCGGCUUAGGCACAGAGUCACAGACUGUUCUCCUGGUUCACGUGGACGCUACGGGGAGUAGGUAAGAGGGUCCCCCAGAUGGGACCCGCAAUUAAACCGCGUUCCAAUCCGUGACCUGGGGAGACGGGUCGCGGUGCUAGUGUGGACACUGUCAACGAGCAGGGGCCUCACUAGACCACCAGGUCGUCUGAGUACAGGUCGGGUGUACGAACACCCCAUUUAAUAAGGCUCACAGUACCCGGGGUGCAAGUCCAGCAUAGAAGAGGCGGCACUUGACCUGUAGCCCCGGCCCAGGGCGCCAUCUCCUCGCAGAUUUCCCACCCUGGAGCUGCCUCACUCUCUCCCUCACUCCCUGACUGAGACGCUGGGCGCCAUCUUCUGAGCAUAGCUGCGGCUGGUCUCCGGGACUGCAGGGCAAGGUCUCCCUUGUAAAGCCACCUAUGUACAGCGCUGAGACUUUACAAACACUUGAGUAUCCUACAUCUUUCUACAGACAGUGUUAGUUGAGAAAGAGUGUACUGUUUCCAGAAUAUAUUGUACAAGUAUUCUGAUAUAUAGGGCCAUAUGCAAUUGCGGUCGAAUUGCCGCAAAUGUCGAAAAACGGGGCAUUUUCGACACAAAAAAAUGAUUCGACAAUACAAUACAGUACUUUUCGACAAAAAAACGGCCGUUUCAGAUUCGACUUUUUGCAAUUUGACAGUUUUCAAGUUCGACAUGUCUGCAAUGGUAAAAAUGCGGCUUUUCGACAAAAGUAUAUUCAAUUGAAGAAUGUCGAUUCGACAACAGUGCUUUUCAACAGUCAUUUCGUCAAUUUCAGUCCGCCUCAUUUUGAUGGCGGGAUCUAAUAAAAUUUUUAUAAAAACAUGUUUUUUUUGUGUGUUUUUUAUUGCUAAUAGCAUAUCUAUUUAUAUUAGAAGGGAUUAUCUACUUGGUUUGUCUACUAGGAGCCACAAGUAUUAUUUAAUAUAUUUUUUUAAAGAAAUUUUUUUUUUUUUACUGACUAAAAUAAUAUGGAGAGAUCAGAGCAUGUUUUUCAGUGGGAUGGGGU